CUACCCGGGGGACUUUCUGAGAACCAGCCACUGCAACAGGCCCUACAAAAACAGAUGAGAGGGAAGACAGAAGUCCAAGAUGUUCUUUUCCCUCAAAGUAGGAACACCCCGGCCUCAGACAGACCCAGCUGGAAGGGCUCUGAGAGGCCAAAAGACUAGGCAGGACCAGAACAAGGCUGGGGGAAAGGGAGGGCCCAGCCCUGCACCAGUGGGCGUGGCUCCACCCUUCCCACCUCAGAGCCAUGGGGAGCCGGGGUCCUGGUGGGUGGCCCCUGGUGCAAGCCCCCUACACAGUUCUGUUGCUGCCACUGGAGACAAGUCGCCAAGACCCAGGGGCCCGGAGCUUCUUCCUCUGGCUGCAGAGGAUGCAGGCACUGGAGCGGGAGCAGGACGCCCUUUGGCAGGGGCUGGAGCUGCUGGAGCAUAGCCAGGCCUGGUAUGAGGGCCGUCUGAGGGAGGCUCAGCAACAGCAGCUGCGCGUGGGGGCUCUUGGUGAGAAUUUUCUAACAGAUUUACACUCAGAGCCUGGUGGCCCCCAGUUAGCCCAGAUUCAGAGAGUGAACAUCUGCUUGCAGAAUCUGCUUCAGGGGAAGUUCUUCCCACAUUCCCCAAACAAAGCUAGUUCCUGCACCACCCAGGACUGGAAGGGAAGGCCAAGGAAACAGGACAUGUGGUGGCAACAGGUGAGUGGUGGGGGGGGAGGGGGCAGGAGCCCCGGCCGGCCGGCCGUGGGAGUGAGGAACACAGACGUCCAGACUAUCUCUCUCCUCUUCUCCAGGAGAUGUCAAAGCAGCAGAAAGGAGGCAUUCAGCCAACAGGGGUGAUGGCUCAGCCAGGCUGCCCCCAUGGACGGAGGGGCCCUACCCGUGUCUAAAGGCUCCUUUGGUCCCCUCAGUCAUGCCGGCGAGACUGAGAGAAUCCCCAGCCUCCUUAUUCUGACUCAGCAACUAAAUGGCUCUGGGUGGCAGGUCAGCUGAAAUCCAAAUAUACUGGUGUAAAGUUUCUUCUCUGCUCCUGAAAACUUCCAUUUUAUGUUUUUUGGCAUUUCAUGCUCUCACUCUUCCCUAUGCAUGCAUGCUCAGUUGCUUCAGUCAUGUCCAACCCUUUGCGAGCCCACCAGGCUCCUCUGUCCAUGGGGAUUCUCCAGGCAAGAAUACCUGAGUGGGUUGCCAUGCCCUCCUCCACAGAAUCUUCCUGAGCCAGGAUCGAACCUGCACUUCUUACGUCUCCUGCAUUGGUUCUUUACCACUAGCACCCACCUGGGAAGCCCCCCACUCUUUCCGAUACGAUGUACAUAAGUGAUCUUUCUCUGAAAUCUCUCUGGGGAGAAGACAUGUUUAUUGGCAUUGUCCUUCGAUUUUAAAUACAAAAAUAAAAUAGAAGCCUCUCCAGAAUUUCAAAAAUAAAA